GUCUGUGCGCUCACUGGCUGCCCAGCCCUUCAGUGUGUGAGCAGCGCGUGCUGAGGUCGGACUGCAGGGACCAAGCUCCGAUCAGCGCGCGGACUCUCAGCUGCACCGCGGAGCAGGAACAAGAGCCAGCAGAGACUUUAGUGGUCAGAGCUGAGAAAUGGAAUGUAUCGAAAGGACCCGGGCGCUGUGAAAGUUUGUCUCUCGGACAUGGAGACACAAAGAAAAAUCCAUUUGAUCUCAUAAAGUUAAAUACGAUCGUCGCUCCGGGCUGAGGGGCCAGCGGAGGAUGACACCUGCACCCCGCCUCGCGAGGACACACGACUGGAUUCAGACUUUGCAUAUUCGAGUAGUGUUGUGAACCCAUUUUGCAAGAGUGAUAUUCCGCCUCUGAUUCCUCUGACAGAUCAUCAGACUGUUCACUGCUUCAUCUGUGGCAAGCAGAAGAUCCACUCUUUUAUCUUUGCAACCUCGCAAACCGCAGCAGAAAACAUCAAAUCUUAAAUCCAGGUCAUUUAGAGCGUGCUCACCUUGUCAUGUCCUCCUGAUGUUUACCGCUCCUGGAUAUUGAGAAACCUCUCGCCCCCUCAGACUCGUCCUCGUCUCGAGAUCAGUGUAAAUCUCUGGAGCCGCUUUGACUCACCAUGGGCACCGUGCUAUCCCUUUCCCCCGGCUCUCGGAAAUCCGGCUACUAUGACAACCGGCCGGGCUCGCUCAGCCACUACCCGAGCUUCAGCAGCCGCUCCCUCAACAGCCAGAAGGACCGCGGGCUCGCGGUGACCUCGUCUCCGAAGCGAGUCAUCGUCCAGGCGUCCACCAGCGAGCUCCUGCGCUGCCUCGGCGAGUUCCUGUGCUGCCGCUGCUACCGCCUGAAGCACCUGUCCCCGGCGGACCCGGUGCUGUGGCUGCGGGCCGUGGACCGCUCGCUGCUGCUGCAAGGCUGGCAGGACCAGGCCUUCGUCACGCCGGCCAACGUGGUCUUCGUCUACAUGCUGUGCCGGGACGUGGUGGACGGCGACCUGGUGGCGUCGGAGCACGAGCUGCAGGCCAUCCUGCUCACCUGCCUCUACCUGUCCUACUCCUACAUGGGCAACGAGAUCUCGUACCCGCUCAAGCCCUUCCUGGUCGAGGCGGGCAAGGAGGCCUUCUGGGACCGCUGCCUCGCCAUCAUCAACGCCACCAGCGCCAAGAUGCUGCGGAUUAACGCCGACCCGCACUUUUUCACGCAGGUGUUCGCCGAACUUAAGAGUGAAGGCGGCUGCGGCCCUCAGGACUACAGUCGAGUGCUGGACCGGUGAGAGUUUGAGCUCCGAUCCUCGCUGACCGCAUGCCUUUUUGUACUCUUACUGACACGUAGACUUGCACACGACAUCCAAAUUUGUCAGAUUUCCCUUUUUCUUCUUCUGCUGUUCUGAAGGAGAAACAAAACCCUACCUGGACAGAUUUAUUGCACAAAUAUUUGAUCUCUCCAUCCCCCCCUCCCCCCUCCC